AUGGCUGCUAUCCUCGAAAAGAUUGCUAAACUCGCUAUUCCUGCUGGUCUCCUUAUCGGUGGUGCUCAAUCCGCCAUGUAUGAUGUCCAGGGUGGUUAUCGUGCUGUUAUUUUCGAUCGUAUUCAAGGUGUCAAGCCCUCCUCUGUUGGCGAGGGUACCCACUUCUUGGUUCCCUGGCUCCAACGUGCCGUCUUGUUCGAUGUUCGUACCAAGCCUCGCAACAUUUCCACCACCACUGGUUCAAAGGAUAUGCAAAUGGUCUCUUUGACUUUGCGUGUCUUGCACCGCCCUGAACUUAAGAACUUGUCUUCAAUCUAUCAAAACUUGGGCGAGGAUUACGACGAAAGAGUUUUGCCUUCCAUUGGUAACGAAGUUUUGAAAUCUAUUGUUGCUCAAUUCGAUGCUUCUGAGUUGAUUACUCAACGUGAGGUUGUCUCUGCCAAGAUCCGUGAAGAAUUAUACAAGCGUGCUAGAGAAUUUAACAUUGCCUUAGAAGAUGUCUCUAUUACCCACAUGACCUUUGGUAAGGAAUUCACCAACGCUGUCGAACAAAAGCAAAUCGCUCAACAAGAAGCUGAACGUGCCAAGUUCAUUGUCGAACGUGCAGAACAAGAGAAGCAAGCUGCCAUUAUCCGUGCUGAAGGUGAUUCUCAAGCCGCUGAAAUGAUCUCAACAGCACUUUCCAAGGCUGGUGAUGGAUUCAUUGCUUUCAGAAAGAUCGAAGCCUCAAAGGAUAUUGCACAAACAUUGUCUCAAGCUCGUAACGUUACUUACUUGCCUAGCAACAAGAAUGGCAGUGGAUCAAAUAUGCUCCUCAACAUUGGCUCUGCUUAG